CAGGAAGAGAGAAAGAGAGAAAGCGGAAAACUUCAGCUGGUGUCCUCAUGGCUGUUCAGACGAUCUGAUGACUUUACCAUGAAGCGUCAGGACUUUAAAUCAGUGAUCAAAGGAAUUCAUGACAGCUCUAUAGAUUGACAGCGUAGAUCGAUAGGUUUAGAGACUUAACGCGACGUUUGUUUAUUCGCCAUCGAGACAAAUUCGCGCAGAAACUUGUGCGCGGAGAUCAGCGCGGGCGCGUAUCGAGUCUCGAAAGGUCCGAAACCAGCACACGUCCGUGAAACCGGGCCUCAGGGUUCAAACUUCCCUCCUUUUCCUUUGUGCCGGAGGACGAACACAGGCCGGCGGCGCAGCAGCACCACCAGGCCGCGGGUAAAGACGCCCUCAGCGGGCGUGUGAGGAUCCACAUCUGAGGAAUAUAAGUGAUUUUACAGCACAAAAAUGGAUCCAAACUCAGCAUCUGCUGGUGCUCCCAAAAGUGGGAAAGACAAGGAGAAGAAAAGCAAGAAGAACUACGACGAAGGAGACGGAAAGAAGAAGUUUACUCUCAAACGGCUGAUUCCUGACGAGCUGGAGCGCUUCACCAGCAUGCGGACGAAGAAGGAGAAGGGAGGCACGAUGGGAAACAGACACUCGUCAGCCGCCCAGUAUGAAGUGCCGUCCCAGAGUGCCUCGCUGAACGAGCUGUCAGACGAGUCUGUGCUGGAGCUGUUUGAGCAGAUGCUGGUGGAUAUGAACCUGAAUGAGGAGAAGCAGCAGCCGCUGAGGAAGAAGGAUAUCAUCAUCAAGAGAGAGAUGGUGUCUCAGUACCUGCACACCUCCAAGGCUGGUAAGAGUCAGAAGGAGAGCUCGAAGUCAGCGUUGGUGUAUAUCCAGGAACUGAAGACCGAUCUGAGAGACACACAGUUACUGAGCUGCCUGGAGUCACUGCGUGUGUCAUUGAACAACAACCCCGUCAGUUGGGUCCAGACAUUUGGAGCCGAGGGUUUGGCUUUGCUUCUGACGUUCCUGAGGAAACUCCAAGACGAGAGAGACGAACCUUUGAAUGCUGGGAUUGGUGUUAAAUGUCAACAUGAGAUCAUUCGAUGUCUCAAAGCCUUCAUGAACAACAAGCACGGUCUUAAUGCCAUGCUGACGUCAGAAGACGGAAUCCCUCUCCUGGUCCGAUCCAUCAAUCCAAAAGUCCCGCACAUGAUGGUGGAUGUAGUCAAACUGCUGUCCGCUAUCUGUAUCCUCGAGCGUCCAGGAAACACGCACGAGCGAGUUCUGGAGUGCAUCACUGAACAGGCUGAAGAGCAGGAGAUUGAGAGGUUCCAGCCGCUGCUGUCCGGCAUGCAUAAAAACUCCAUCACGCUCAAGGCCGGCUGUAUGCAGCUGAUCAACGCUCUCAUCAGUCGAGUGGAGGAGCUGGACUUCAGGAUCCACCUCAGAUCAGAGCUCAUGAGACUGGGUCUCAGAGACCAGCUGAAGGAGGUGAGAUCGAUUGAGAACGAGGAGCUCAAGGUUCAGUUGCAGGUGUUUGAAGAGCAGGCUGAUGAAGACUCUGAAGAUCUUCGCUCACGGUUGGACGAUGUCCGUCUUGAGAUGGAUGAUAUGACUGAAGUCUUCCAGAUCUUGAUGAACACAGUGAAGGACUCUAAAGCUGAACCUCUCUUCCUGUCUGUGCUGCAGCACCUGCUACUGGUGCGAAACGACUACAUGUCCAGGCCUCAGUACUAUAAACUCAUUGAUGAGUGUACGGCUCAGAUCGUUCUGCACAGGAACGGCUGUGAUCCAGACUUCAAAUGCAGGAAGUUUGACCUGGACGUGGACCAUCUGAUUGAUAACAUGGUUGAUAAGACCAAAGUGGAAAUCAGUGAAGCUAAGGCCACAGAGCUGGAAAAGAAGCUGGACGCAGAGUUGACGGCCCGUCACGAGCUGCAGGUGGAGCUGAAGAAGUUGGAGGCCGAUUACGAGCAGAAGGUUCUGGAGCUGAGCACUGAAAAAGCGAACCUUGGGCAAGAGAAGAAUGACCAGGAGAAAGAGAACCAGGGCCUGCAGUCAGAGAUCAGCCAACUGAAAGAGAAGAUUGAGAAGCUCUCAAAAGAUCUCAAAGAAGCCAAAGCGAAGGUCAUCACCGUGCAUGUGCCUGUGGCUCCGCCCCCCAGCCAAUCAGCUUCCACUGUGCCGCCUCCACCUCGUCCUGGUGGAGUUUGCAUCCCACCUCCUCCUCCACCAGGACAAACGGCCAUGCCCCCACCGCCGCCACCUCCUCCUCUGCCCGGAGCACCUAGUCUGCCUCCGCCCCCUCCGCCGCCUCCUUUACCCGGAGCACCUGGUAUGCCGGCGCCCCCUCCGCCUCCACCUCUUCCUGGGGCAGCCAGUGUGCCGCUGCCCCCGCCUCCUCCGCCUUUACCGGGCGCACCUGGAAUGCCGCCUCCUCCUCCUCCUUUACCUGGAGCACCUGGUAUGCCACCACCUCCACCUCCUCCACCCGGAAUGGCCGGUAUGCCUCCUCCACCUCCUCCGAUGGGCGGUCCUGGGAUGCCUCCGCCCCCUCCGGGCGGGUUUGGUGGAUGGGCACCUCCUGUUCCUCAGCUGCCCUUCGGCCUCCAGCCUAAGAAAGACUACAAACCUGAGGUGCAGCUGAAGAGAGCCAAUUGGAGCAAGAUCGCAGCAGAGGAUUUGUCUGAAGGCAGUUUCUGGUUGAAGGCGAAGGAGGAGCGCUUUGAGAACAAGGAGCUGUUUGCCAAACUCACCCUGACCUUCUCCACCCAGACCAAGACCUCUAAAGGUAAGAAGGAUCAAGAGGCAUCUGAGGAUAAGAAAAACGCUCAAAAGAAGAAGGUGAAGGAGCUGAAGGUACUCGACUCUAAAACAUCCCAGAAUCUCUCUAUAUUCUUGGGUUCAAACAGGAUGCCUUAUGAAGAGAUGAAGAAUGUCAUCCUGGAGGUCAGCGAGAAAGUUCUCACUGAAAACAUGGUGCAGAGUUUGCUGAAGCUGCUGCCAGAGCAGGAACAACUGAACUCAUUAUUAGAGAUGAAAGAUGAGUACGAGGAGCUGGCCGAGUCUGAACAGUUCGGAGUUGUGAUUAGUUCAGUGAAGCGUCUGAAGCCCCGUCUGAGCUCUAUCCUCUUCAAGCUUCAGUUUGAUGAGCAGGUGAAUAACAUCAAGCCGGACCUAGUGGCAGUGAAGGCCGCCUGCGAGGAGCUUCAGAAGAGCGAGAGCUUCGCCAAAAUGCUGGAGAUCACGCUGCUGCUGGGAAACUUCAUGAACGCAGGAUCGCGCAAUGCCAAAGCUUUCGGCUUCAGCAUCAGUUACCUGUGCAAGUUGAGAGACACUAAAUCAGCCGAUCAGAAACAGACUCUAUUGCACUUCCUGGCGGAAAUGUGUCAAGAACAGUAUCCUGAGGUCAUGAACUUCUCAGAGGAGCUCACCCACGUGGAGAAAGCCAGCAAAGUGCCGGCAGAGACGCUUCAGAAGAAUCUAGAUCAGAUGGGAAAGCAGAUUAAAGACCUGGAGAAAGACAUUGAGACGUUCCCCCCUCCGCAGAGCGACAGAGACAAAUUCGUAGAGAAAAUGACCAGUUUUGUAGUGACGGCUCAGGAGCAAUUCGUGAAGCUCAAGCUGAUGCAUGAGAACAUGGAGAAGCAGUAUGAGGAUUUGGGCAAAUACUUUGUGUUCGACCCCAAGAAAAUGAGUCCAGAAGAGUUCUUCGGUGACCUCAACAACUUCAGGAACAUGUUCCAGCAAGCGGCGAAAGAGAACCAGAAGCGGAAAGAAUCAGAGGAGAAGAUUCGUCGAGCCAAACUGGCACGAGAGAAAGCAGAAAAAGAGAAGGAGGAGAAACAGAAGAGAAUGAACGCUGGACAGAUUCCCAACAUCAAUGAUGAUGAUGAGACUGGUAUCAUGGAUGGUUUGUUGGAGGCACUACAGUCUGGAGCUGCUUUCAAGAGGAAGAGAGGACCACGACAAGCAGCCAACAAUCGGAGAGGAGCCGGUCACGCCGUGACAAACAUUCUCGCCAAAGAGCUUCUUCAAGAGAGCGCCCCGCCCAGUGCCACGAAAAAGACCCGAUUGGAAGCAGAAGACAGGAAGGAGUCGUCUCAGGAGGACACGGGCUCGCUAGAGGACCUCUUAGAUGAUGCUCCGUUACGCUCAAAUUAAGGACUUCCUCUGCUGAUCCUGCCGGUUAAAAGACAGACUGUGCUUGGGGACCAAGUCUGCGAGGGCGGAGCUCUCGCUAAACCACACCCCUGGAGUAAACCCACACGGCUUCCUAUUGGCCGUCACACUGGAGGAGUGGCCUCAUCUCAGCACUGUCACACUCGUUUUGUCAUUUUCUAGCACUCUUUCUCUAAACACAAGGUUUCAUCUGUCCGUUAUCUCUAUCGACUGCUUUUGCAAGAUUCCAAAGAUUUGUAUAGAGAUUUCGUUUUGUUCCAUUCCAAAUUCAGCUGAACGUCCUCUUCUGGUUCCUUCUGAAAUCAAACAUCUGUUCUGCUUUAACGUUUAGCUUUUUUGUUUUGUUUUUGACUUUUAAACACAUCAAGUGGCUGAAAGUUUGAAAUAGGUUACAUUAUUAUAUUCGAAACGCAACGUGCCAAUAAUGUUGACCCCUCAAUUAGUGUGUGCUUGAGGUGUUCUCACUGAGGUUCUGUAGCCAUCACAAAAGAGGUGUGGUACCUGUUCCCAAGAUUGUUUCUCUCUUCCUGUGCUCUUCUGUUUCUGGGUACGUCAUUCUGUUAUUUUAAGUGAAUGAUGUUGUUUAAAUCUCAAAAAUACUUGUAAUUUUCACUAGCUACAAUCAUUGAGCCUCAUUCAUUCAAGUCAUUCAUAAGCCAUUCUUGUAUAAAUCAUUGCAUGGAAUUAAAUGUGACAAUUUAUGCAAAAAUGGUUUUGGAUAGAAUUGAUAACAUUUUCGCAAUUCACAGUGGUUUUAUGAAUAAUUUGUGUGUGGGUUGCUUCACUCUUAUUUUUCAUAGAAUCUGUUUUAUGAACAGCAGUGGUCAGUUUUGUCUUUCCAGAAAUGUCCGUCGUGUUUGUGAAGUGCUGUAGUUGAUAUACUGUUUUCUGCACACUGAAGAUCCAAACUGCUGAUACGUACACCACACAAUGUUCGGUGGCGUUUCGCCAUUGCAAAAUAAAUCAUUUUUAAUUUACUGUUAGACAGUGAGUAAAAAGUCACUGUGAACUGUGAAAUAUCUAUUUUGAGGGCAAAAGUAACAUUGACAACUCCUUUGGCAUUUAUUUCUCAAUGAUAAACGGUUUGAUCAAGCCAAAUCCGAAGGACUGUAGCAGAGCACUUCUAUCGUUGGUGCCGAAAUGUCUGUUAAAAGCUGCACAUAGACUUAUUCAACUUUAGUAUUUUUCAUUGCAGUCUUAAAAAGACGGUGAGCAAACGUCCCUGUCUUUUAUGUAGACUGAUCACCAGCAGAUACUGUUUAACCAGUCGACUGUUAAGAUCGUUCUUGAGUCAUAAACUCAGUUUGUGUCAGUGACACCAAGAAAUAUGAAAUAAACCUCAGAGUUUCAGCUUUGCAAUAUGACUUACCUGAAUGUUGAAGUUGGCUGAAUGUUUGAGGGUAGAGAUCACUGUUUAAAGCCAUAGCUCGGACUGUAUUUGUCAAGAAAUCCUGAGAAAUUGUCUUCCGGAUUAAACUAUAUUAAAAUAUAUAUGCAUUUAUGUAAUGUUUGUAAAACGAUGUCAAUGUUUUUGGCAGUGAUCAGGUCUCUAAAGUCUGCCUAGAAACCAGCAAAUUUGAAAGAGUUUUUUUCUGGAGUUUUUGAAGCCAAAUUUCCAAUUUUUGACUUUUUAAUUUUUUAUUUUUGUGGACUGCAAUUUUGGAGAACUGCGAGCCAACAGAUUCUGCUUCAAUGCCGAUUGAUCGCACAGAUGGUUGUGAAAGUCAACAUUUUCACUUUUUUUGGAAAAGCUGGAAAAAGAUCACUGGAAAAACAAAGAGACUGUGUUUUCUUUCUCUUUUUUUUUUUUACAGUUUUUCCUCAUCAAUUUUUAUUCUUGAUUGUUUUAUUGUAAUAAUAUAGCGAUUGUAUUGGUGAGAUCCAUUUGGUCAAAUUGUGUAUAUUGCGUUUUGACCGGAGAGAUUUUUAUUCUGGUUAUCUCUGAAACCACACCAUUAAAAUAUCAUCUUUAA